GACGUUGACAUUGACAAACGUCAAACCCUAACCUACAAUUGCUAGAAACACAUUGGACAUCCAAAAAGUGUCCAAAAACAGAACUCUAUCCUCAUACUCCAUUGAACUACAAUAUUCCCACAAAAAUGUAUAAGAAGACGUGAUUUUAAUUUGUCUCUGACAAAUUAUUUUUAUUUAGAUUAUACAUUUCUAUAAAAGUAACGUUUUUCAAGUACAUUUGAGACAUUAAUUUUGUUCAAUCAUGGCUAUCCCCAUUGCAGCUCGUAGUUCAUCAGGAAUUACUCUCUAUGAAGGAUUACCUACUCCUGGUAACAAGCCAACAUGUCCACCAAUUCAGAGUAAGGCCUGUCGUACCAUGUUGUUUGAUCAAGACGGAAAAUACUUGGCAUAUGUGAAUGGACAAACGUUAUGUGUGCUACAAACUGAAAAUUGGCAAACAUUGGCCACCAUAGAGAACGUUAAAGCCUAUCAGUUGGCAUUUUCACCAAAAGGAACUUUUUUAAUGAGCUGGGAGCCUUUCACAGUCAGUAACGCCAACCCUCAGGGUACUCCAAACUUAAAGAUAUAUAAAACUGCCAAUGGGGAACUUGUCAAGACCUUCGUACACAAAAAACAAGCUAAUUGGGAACCUCAAUGGAGUCAUGACGAAAAACUUUUUUCGAGGAUAGUAAACACUGACGUUGUGUUUUACGAAGAUCUAAAUUUUGAGAGAAUAGUCGCUAGAAUUAACAGUUCAAAGGUCUCGUCUUAUAAGAUUUCACCUAACGUUGGUGUCUAUUUUGUUCUUUGUCAUACACUGGGCAGUCCGGGACAACCUUCUCUUGCUAGAUUAUUUAAAUACCCUUCUUUUGAUACCACGCAAGCGAUUGCCAAUAGAAGUUUUUUCCAAGCUGAUAAAGUUGAUAUUAUGUGGAAUGCCAAAGGUAACAGUGCAUUGUUGUUAACAUCUACAGAAGUCGACAAGACAGGAGGAUCGUAUUAUGGAAAACAAGGGUUAUAUUUCGUGGGUUUAAAUGGAGAGACUUCGAUAAUAACCUUAAGUAAAGAAGGUCCCAUUUACAGCGUUGAAUGGUCUCCAAAAAACAACGAGUUCUGCGUCAUAUACGGUUUCAUGCCAGCUAAAGCUACCAUCUUCAACAUAAAAUGUGAGCCUGUCUUCGAGCUGGGAUCUGGUCCCAAAAACGCUAUCCAUUACAACCCUCAAGGAAACAUUCUUCUCUUAGGAGGUUUUGGCAAUCUAAGGGGUCAAGUCGAGCUAUGGGAUACUGCAAAUUGGAAGAAAAUAAGUAGUUGUGAAGCACCAGAUACCACGCUGCUUCAUUGGGCCGCUGAUGGGGAGCACUUUUUGACUGCCACCACGGCUCCGAGGCUGCGGAUCAGCAAUGGGUAUAAAAUCUGGCAUUAUACGGGAGUUUUGAUCUUUGAACACCCUCAUAAGGAACCUGAAGAAUUGUAUGAUGUAGCUUGGAAGAACGUCCCCAAAGGAGUGUUCCGUGAUCCAGUUAUUUCAGCCAAAAAAGUUGAAGGAAUAGCUCCAAGUCAGCCGCAAGCUUCAGCGCAAGUUUAUAGACCUCCUUCUGCUAGAAAUCGUCCUACGGUUAACUUUAACCUGCACGAAGAUGAAGAAACUGCACAUAAACCGGGCAAAGAUUCUGCUCCAUCUAAGGCUUCCCUGAAGCAGAAGAAGAAAAGGGAAGCAAAGAAGGCUAAAAAGUUGGAGGAAGUGAACGAAGAUGAACCCAAAACGCCAGCGGCUGUCAGUAGUGUUAAAAUAAAUUUAACUGGUGAUCCAGAAUUGGAUAAAAAGCUCAAAAAUAUCAAAAAGAAACUGGACGCCAUAGAAAAGCUCAAAACACAGCAAGCUGAGGGCAAAACUCUAGAAAUCAAUCAACUCGAAAAAAUAAAAGCAGAAAACGAUCUGCUGGCAGAACUCAAGAAUCUAACCGUGUGAUUCUACUUUUACAUUUGUUUUAUUUUCUUACAAAGUUGAAAGUUAUAAUUUUUUUAUAACUUAAAUAAAAAAAACGUUGUUGGAAUA